AUGUUUUCCACACGUCGUCAAUUGGAAAAGCGAACGGGUAAAUCUGGUACUCCGAGGAAAGUCAAGAGUUAUGACUUUAAUAGGCUCGAAUACCUUCAACAACUAGUUACCGAAUAUCAGGACACAAGGGAUCAAGAAGCAAAAUAUCAAAUUCUUGCUAAUUUGGUCAAUUUCGCUUAUGACCCUAUCAAUUAUAAUUGGCUUUGGCAAUUGAACGUUGUUGAUUUGUUUCUUGAUACUUUGACAGAAUCUGAUGAAAAGUUGAAGGAAUUCGGUUUAGGAGGGUUGUGUAACUUGUGUUUAGAGAAACGAAAUAAAGAACAUAUAAUAAAUUAUGAUGGAGUGCCGCUAAUAAUUCAAUGUCUACAUGAUAAAAAUGAAGAGAUAAUGCUUUCUGCAAUUACAACUUUGAUGUUUCUUUUAACGGACAAUGAAGAAAAUGAAGAUAUUUUGUCUGAGUCUGUUAAAAAACGUCUGGAGCACUUGGCUCAGUUAGAAAAUAAGCGUUUAAAGAAUUUGGCAACAAUAUUUUUACAGGACUACUUUUCAAAAACUUAA